AUGAGCUGGAGAACAACGCUCCAGUUCUGGUCCCUGACUGUCCUCCUGUCUCUGGUGGGCUCGAGGGUUUCCUCUCUCCUAGUGCUAGAGUUUGCUGUCAGAGCUGUUUCUGCUUGGGCAUCAGCAGGACUGGAUGCCGGUUGUAGAGGCCUAGACCUCCUCCUGAUCCAGUGCCAGUUUUCCUUGGGUUGCGGCCUCACCUGUACUCUGGACUUCCUCCAUAAGGGGGCUCCACACAGCUCCUUCAGCUUGUUUCUGGCAGCUGCUCUGAGCUGGAGACUUGCAAGCACCAGUCACAGUCUGUGGAGCCAUGUGGCCAGACUCUACCCACUGCAUAGCACGGAGCGUUACUGUGGGAAAUGCAUCAGUCUUCUGACCUCCGGACACACUAUACUGACUUCACUGCAAAAAGUGGUUGUCUUGGCUUUUGCUGCAGCAACUGUGGCAUCCACUGCUACAGUUUAUGAACACUUCCUAAUCCAGAAGGAUGCUCUGAAGUUGUGGACUCCCCUGACACUCUGCUACACGAUGCUGGUGGUCUAUGUUCAAGGUGGUGGUCAGGACAGCUAUGUGGGAAGUGAAAGUGAACCUUUUAGGAAGACAUGGCAUAGAAAAGACAGCAAAAAAUUCAGAUUAUAUUACUUUGGUUCACAUGUACAGUGUCAAAUAACAGAAGAGACACCAGUGAUGUCACAACAUGCAUAAUAAAAUACAUAAUGCCACAUCAAGAAUAACACUAACACACAAUCUGAGAGGACAGAGGCUGAAAAUGGGUCCAUCUCUAAGAAAUAUGAAAUGAGACCUUAAAAAUAACCAAUAAAAACUGUACAUACAAAGCAUAAGCUUAUAAAUGAUAUCAAAUCUCAGAAAAUGAGCAGACACAAGACCUUUUGACAUCACUGUGUCAUUUUUAUUUUAUUUAUUUAUUUAUUUUCU